GCCACGGGCAGCAGAGACGCACGCUGUUUUAUUAUCAUGCCUCAGUUUAAACACUGGAGACGCGUGUCUGCCGUCAUCUAAAACACCUCCUGCCAGCUUCAAACUCUCGACUUGUUAGUUUAGGACUAAACGAGACUCGCUGCCACCGGACAGUUUGUCGACUGCCGACAUUUAUUCAGGAUUAAAAUGGUCAUCAAGGUUUACAUCGCGUCUUCAACCGGCUCCGUCGCGGUAAAGAAGCACCAGCAGGCAGUGGUGGGUUUCCUGGAGGCCAAUCGAAUCAGCUUCCAGGAAGUAGACAUCACCAUGCUGGAGGAGCAGAGGCUCUGGAUGUACCGUAACAUCCCCAGAGACAAGCAGCCGGAGAAAGGCAACCCGCUGCCUCCGCAGAUCUUCAAUGAGGAUCGCUACUGUGGGGACUAUGAAGACUUCUUCCAGUCAAAGGAGAACAACACUGUGUUUGCAUUCCUCGGGCUCAGCUCCCAACCCUCAGUGACAGAUUCUGAGUCGUAGCCUAGAUCAAACUGCUGGUAUGUGACGUCCAGGGAACCUUAAAAUAUGAGGACAAAAACUGCAUCACUUCCUGCGUUCCUUCUGCCGCGAUGCCAGCGUGUUGCCGGACAUCAUAUCCCAAUAAUUUCACCCGAACGACCUUUCUUGACUUUAAAAAAAAAGCUCUUCAGACAACAUUCCUCCAUCACAUCCAAGAUUCUCAAGAGGCCACAGAGAAGUAAUCAGAGACGAGGGGGAUUAACUUUUGUUGUGCUUCCUUUUUUAUGUUUUACACACUGUGAGAAACAGUCUGUAGCAUAAAUUCUGUGCAAACUAGAAGACGACGUAGCAGCUUUUGCAUCAGUGGACCUUUAAUCUACAGUGCAGUGGAUCAGGCACAAGUCGCCCAAAUACACACCUGCAUUGUGUGCGUGUGCACGCCUUAGCGAACGUGUAUCUGUCUCAAUCAGCAGCUGUUAAUGAAGGGACCCGAGAGGCAGCACUCGAUGCAACCUGAAACAACGUGAGGCCUAGCCGUCACUUCUGGCUGUGUGAGUGAGUGUGAGCCACAGAGCAGAUGAGACCAAAUGCUAAGAGUCCGGAAACGAAUGAGGGAUAAAAAUGGCAGGUGCUAUCAUUGCCAGCAUUCAUGUUAAGUCCGCUGCCAGCAGAUAAAACAAACCUUGUUCUUGUACCUCUCUUCUCUUGGUUCUUGGAGCUCCGGCACAGAGGAAAAAGAUACACAUUCAUUGUUGGUUUUGGUCUUUUUAUGGCGCUCGUUGACAGCACAGAAAAUGUUUAUCAUCAGCAGCUUUGUCCUCUAAUCAAGGCCGCUGUAGACAAAGCAAGCAAACAAACAGGGUCACAUGAGUUAACAGAGCGCACUUCAAAAGAUUAUUACUGCAAGUCUUAUCUGGCAGAUAAGGGGAGAUAAGGACUGGUAGUUUACUGCUCUGAGGUAAUGCAGUGGCAAAGCUGCUGUGCCCCCCCCCCCCGCUCUCUCUCGCUCCAUAUGUUUCCACAUGUUUGAGUAAAUGGAUGCUGAAACGAGAGCAGCUCGUGUUGUACCAGCUCUCUGUCCUGUCCUCCAAUCUCUGUCCUACGUCCUCCCUCCUGAACACCAACAGUAAGCCUCCUUAUUAAAUUACCACGGGUGGGUGCUUGACUAACUCCUUUAUGUUCACACAUGAAGGACACAAACACAGAUCACAAACACUCUCACUCGCCAUUGCUCCCUAAACGCCGUGCCAUCAUGUGAAAGGACGUGUCAGUUUCACUUAUUUCGUAUCCUCGUUAAUCGUCAAAUGUUGACUUUGUUGUGAAUUGUUGUGAAUGGAUGCUAACAAGCCGACUAAAGCUGACUAAACAUACUUUAUGUUGCACCUCUCUGCCUGUGACUCUGUUGGGUUGAUUUUGUUCUGUUUGUUACAGGCUCAUGAGAAUUAUACCUGAUGACACUUCACUGUAUUUAUCUUUCACACAACAAAGCAGAUUACAGUAUUUGAAGUUCAUUUGCCUCCAUAUUUUUUGAUGUGUAUGUUUGUAGUUCAGAUACGUUUUACUGCUACAGCCCAUUUCCAAAAAAGCUGGGACACUGUGCAAAACCUAAAACCUAACCUGGUUGCAAAAACUGCAUAAGAAGGAAAGCCUCAAGUAUAGAUAUUACAGACAGGUGGAGAAAACAGACGAUCAAAGAGCAGCCUGACAGUCAGAUAGUCAAAUCAGGUAAGAAAAAAUAAGUAUAGCAAACAAAGAAAAAAAGGGUGGGGAGGUCACGGUACAUACAGAGGCCAACUGAUAGUGAGCAGCCGAUCAGCCAGGAGGUGGAGCUAGUUGGUCCUCAGGAGUGGGGACCUCUGCAGUGGCAGCUAGUGGAUCGGAGGGAA